AUGAAAAAAAUUAUGAGUGCAAUGCUGCUUGCCCAUUCGUUUGGAAAAAUAAGUAAUUUUGACAACGUGAUAAUUGAUUCAUACAAAGGAUGUCAUAUAAAGAGCAAUUUAAAUUAAUACAUAAAUAAUCCAACUUUGUUUAAAUAGCAUCUAAUCGACUUUAUAAAAAAGAGCAAAUCUAAUAAUAACACAGCAAUUUGGGUUGACCUUUAAAAGGAUUAAUUGCGAUUAGCUCCUACUUUAAUUGAAUAAGGAUUUAAGAUGCACAGAGUAUCUGCAAAUAUCUUGCAAUUUUCAAAAUGGCUGCCAGAUUGCAAAAGCAGAUUGCCUGACUAAUCAACCCAUUAUGUUGGAGUUGGUGGAAUAGUUGUAAAGGGUGAUAGCAUAUUACUUGUUCAAGAAAAGAAUGGGUAAAGAAAGGGUGCUUGGGGAACUCCAGGAGGAUUAGUGGACCAAAAGGAAUCAAUAAUUUAGGCAGUGUUAAGAGAAGUCAAAGAGGAAACUAAUUUAGAUUGUAAAGUGGAGGAUGUAUUGUAUUUUAGAGAGAUGCAUGAUGCAAGAUACGGGAAGACUGACCUAUACUUUGCAUUUAGAUUGAAAUGUUUAGACGAGUAAUAGAUAAAGAUAUGUGAUUAAGAGUUGAUGGAUUAUAGAUGGGUGCCCAUUAAUGGGAUUUUAGAUUUUAUGAAGAAGGAGAAUCAGAAACCACAUGUGAUAAACUUCUAUAAAUCGGUUUAGGAGAGACUAACAGGAGAUGAAUGCAAAUAUAUGAAUAUAGAAGAGAAGGAGGAAAUGUAUUAUGGUGAACAGAAAUAUUAUGCUAUUUUCAAGCCUAGAUUUUGAAUUUUUUAAAUGCACAUUAUAAUUUUCACUAUUUGUUGGGUCUUGUGGAA